GAUAAGUUCAGAACGCAGAAAGGAGAAAUCAAGAGAUGCAGCCCGCUGCCGAAGGAGCAAGGAAUCUGAGGUGUUCUAUGAACUUGCCCACCAGCUGCCUCUGCCGCACACCGUGAGUGCUCACCUCGACAAGGCCUCGAUUAUGAGACUGACCAUCAGCUACUUGAGGAUGAGGAAGCUGCUGGAUGCUGGUGAGCUGGAGACAGAAGCCAAAAUGGAGAAGGAGCUGAACUGUUUUUACUUAAAAGCUCUUGAUGGAUUUGUCAUGGUUCUCUCUGAAGAUGGGGACAUGAUUUACAUGUCUGAAAAUGUGAACAAGUGUAUGGGACUUACUCAGUUYGAGUUGACGGGGCACAGUGUGUUUGAUUUCACUCAUCCAUGUGACCACGAAGAGCUGAGAGAAAUGCUUACACACAGAAAUGGUCCUGUGAAAAAGGGCAAAGAGCAGAACACGGAGCGCAGCUUUUUUCUCAGAAUGAAGUGUACACUGACUAGCAGGGGAAGAACAGUGAAUAUUAAGUCGGCUACGUGGAAGGUCCUCCACUGCACUGGUCAUAUUCGUGUGUAUGACACUUGCAGCAGUCAGACUCACUGUGGUUACAAAAAGCCUCCCAUGACGUGUUUGGUGUUGAUCUGUGAACCUAUUCCUCAUCCAUCAAACAUCGAGGUCCCUUUGGACAGUAAAACGUUCCUCAGUCGUCACAGUCUUGAUAUGAAAUUUUCCUACUGUGAUGAAAGAAUUACAGAAUUGAUGGGGUAUGAGCCAGAGGAACUCUUGGGUCGGUCAAUUUAUGAGUAUUAUCAUGCCCUGGAUUCCGAUCAUCUGACCAAGACGCACCAUGACAUGUUCACGAAAGGGCAGGUGACAACAGGACAGUACAGAAUGCUUGCUAAACAAGGUGGCUAUGUCUGGGUUGAAACGCAAGCAACUGUUAUCUACAACACUAAGAACUCUCAGCCACAGUGCAUAGUAUGUGUAAACUAUGUGUUGAGUGGAAUUGUUCAGAAAGACUUGAUAUUUUCCUUGGGACAAACUGAGUGUGUGCUGAAACCAGUGGAUUCUCCUGAUAUGAAAAUGACCAAAAUAUUCAAUAAAGCUGAACUGGAUGAUACCAACAACCUCUUUGAAAAACUUAAACAGGAACCAGAUGCUUUAACUGUGCUGGCCCCAGCUGCUGGAGACACAAUUAUCUCCUUAGAUUUCAGCAGCAAUGAGUCUGAUGAACAACAAUGUGAUGAAGUUCCUUUGUAUAACGAUGUAAUGCUCCCCUCAUCCAGUGAGAAAUUGCAGACUAUAAAUAUGGCACUGUCCCCACUGCCUGCUUCUGAAACUACAAAGCCACUUCGUAGCAAUGCUGAUCCUGCACUCAAUAGAGAAGUUGUAUUAAAGCUGGAGCCAAACACAGAGCCACUAGAACUUUCUUUUACCAUGCCUCAGGUGCAAGAACAACCAACCAGUCCUUCAGAUGCAAGCACCAGCCAAAGUUCACCUGAGCCCACUAGUCCCAAUGACUAUUGCUUUGAUGUGGAUAAUGAUAUGGCUAAUGAAUUCAAACUGGAAUUAGUGGAGAAACUCUUUGCGAUAGAUACAGAAGCAAAAAAUCCAUUCUCUACUCAGGAAACUGAUUUAGAUUUGGAGAUGUUGGCUCCUUAUAUUCCAAUGGAUGAUGACUUCCAGCUGCGCUCCUUUGAUCAGCUCUCUCCAUUGGAAAGCAGUUCGUCCGGUUCUCAAAAUGCAGCCACCAUUACCAUAUUUCAGCAGACUCAGACGCCAGCAGCUACUGCUGAGGAAGUAAAACCAGGGACAGAGCGUGUGGAUGAUGUGAAAACGCUCAUUGUUCCUUCCUCUCCCGUUCAUGUGAUCAGUGAAACAAGUAGCGCCCCAGCAUCGCCGUAUGGCGGGAACAGGAGUCGAACGGCAUCUCCAAUCAGAGCAGGGAAAGGGACGUUGGAGCAGACGGAGAAAUCGUGUCCAGGAGCACCCAGUUUGCUAACAGUCACUCUAAAUAAAAGAUCUACUGCAAUGGAUGAAGAACUAAAUCCAAAGAUGCUAGCUUUGCAUAAUGCUCAGAGAAAACGAAAAAUGGAACAUGAUGGUUCACUUUUUCAGGCAGUUGGAAUUGGGUCUUUAUUGCAGCAGACAGGUGAUCGUGGAGCAAAUGCAUCACUUGCUUGGAAGCGUGUGAAGGGAUGUAAAACAAAUGGUCCUAAUGGAGUGGAGCAAAAGACAAUCAUUCUACUAUCAACUGACAUAGCAAGUAAACUUCUAGGGCAGUCGAUGGAUGAGAGUGGCCUGCCCCAACUCACGAGUUACGACUGUGAAGUCAAUGCUCCCAUACAAGGCAACAGAAACCUGCUACAAGGUGAAGAACUGCUCAGAGCCCUGGAUCAAGUUAACUGAGCUUUCACAAUACUUGUUCUUUUUUGGACACUGGUGAAUCAUCACCUAAAGCAGUCUAUUUAUAUUUUCUAUAUCUGAUUUUAGAAGCCUGGCUACAGUACUGCACUAAUUCAGUUAGUUCAGUUUUGAUCCCCUUUCUACUUAUUUUGACAGUCUUUUUAAUAUGUUCUUUAUGUAACAAUAACUCAACCUAUAGCGCAUUUUUAUAAUUCUUUGGUACAUACACUUUAAGUCCAUUACAUUUAAAACACACUUGCAAUAGUAGCUUUGAAAUAUGCACCUGAAUCUAAGAUAUUUAUUUUUUGGCUGGGGAGUUGGUCACCAAAGCUUAUUAUUAGUAAAAUGUCAACACAGGAAAAACUGGCAAUACUUCCAUCCUGCUCUUCAUAAGUAGUUGGAAGACUUGUGCUCUCUUACUCUUUAUGUUCAAGUAAGUUUUUAUUUUAAUAAUUUUUAUAAGAAACAACAACGCUUUUCAGCAGUGCAUUGUAGCCACAAUCGCACAAUAUAUUUUCGUAAAAAAAAUACCAGCAGUUCCUCAUGCAAUAUAUUCUGUGUUUAUAAAAAAUAGUUUUUAAGAAGAAUCCUUUUUUUUGUUUGUUUGCCUAUGAAAUCAUGUUUAAACCUGGAUUAUGUCAUUAUUUUAGUCAUGUUGUAAUAUAAAAUGUUCUUAAAUGCUGUCUUACACUUUUGACUUGAGUGUGAUUAGUCAAAGGGAAAGGCUUUAUCUGGAAAGGGCUAGCAGCAUUUUAUUUGGGUACAUUCUCAAUUUAGAGAGAGAGUUUGAUGUUCUUAAAGUAGUCACUUUGCCAGCUUAAAAGAAAAAAAAAAUCCCUGCCUGUAGUUGUUGAAGUUAAUGCUAAUAUUGUGUAUGAUCUUAAAUCUAAAUGUUCAGCUUACCCUGUGUGGUAUAGGUGAUAUUUCAAGCAGAUUGUAAAACAUCAUGCAUUGUUAGCAGAGUUUUAUCUAGUACAUCAUUGAGUUGCUCGAUAUUUUGAUGUUUUGGUUUUAUGCACCUUGUUGCUAUUAACAUCCAUGUUUUCAUGUAGAUUUCAAUAACUUGAAUAUACUUAGACUUUUUAUUUAGAAAUAUAUAGUUGGCACAAACAUCUUAUUUUCCUAUAUGUACUGUACAAAACCUUCAUUCACUCAUUCUUUUGCUCUUUGUGGUUGGAUCUAACACUAACUGUAUUGUUUUCUUACAUCAAUAAACUAUAUGUGGACCAGGCCCCCUGGGGGAGUGUGUUAUCUAAGAGAAAUGAGAUAAUUUAUAUUUUUGUUAGUGGUUAUUGUUCAUCAGUGUUCCCUUUUUAACUUAGCAAUGAUUUCCAAUCAACUUUUCCUUACUUUGACCUUAAUAUCUCCAAGUUAAUUAUUUGAGCCUAUUUAGUACUAAAGUCUCUUAGACAGUGUUGUACUACAGCUGGCCAAAGAUGUUAAAUUUUUAAACCAGUUAUGACACCAGUGAGCAUAUUUCCAUGUGACAGGACAGCAUACUUGUGUUCUUUUAGAGGGGAGAGAUUCUUCCUUACAACCAGCUUAAAGACAUGUCUCUGGAAGCCUAUCAAGGUAACACUGGAAAGCAGGAAAAGCAAAAAUCCCCAAGACUGAUCAAUUAAAGAUAGCUUUCUUUUUUUUUUGAUUUUUGUCACAAAAAUGGCAGGAUGAAAAAUGAAGCUGGUGCUCAAUGCUAAAGGAAGCUUGUUCUCAACAUCUCUGUGCUGUUGCCUCAGUGACUUUGACCAGAUGACUUUUCUUGUUUGGUUGUUUUAAAACAUUAGGCGACUCAUAUAGCCUUGUAAGGUGUAAAUACAGUUAAGAUAUUGCGCCCUCCUCAAACUGUUUUAAAAAGUAUUUCAAUACAAGAGAAAUCAAAUGUUCAGUGUCUUACUGAAGGAUUUAUUUUGGCCACGGUUAAACUCCUUCCUAAAAUUCACGUGCUGUAACAAUUGAUUAAUUUUUAACAUUGGUUAAUUUUUCUAAAAUUUAAGCAUGGACAAACAUUUUAAAAUAAUCAAUUUUAAUAAUUUUUACUGCUCACUAAGGGGAAUGUUUUUCAAAGUGAGGCAAGUAAUGAAAUUAAAUAGAGUAUUAACUGCCUUCUAAAACUCUUUAUUCAAUGGAGGUAAGGUGUGGAUAGUAGAAUAUGGUUGAGCACCUCUUAAAGCAAGAGGAAGACAUGCAGGUGCCUCAAGCCAAAACUCAAGCUUCAUAUGAAGAGCUUGUUUUGAAUACAGCCUGCUGCUGCUGAGUGUUAAAGACUUGUAAUGCACACACUUUUAAGCGUGCAAAGCUUAGCCAUCAGUCUGGAUGAAAGCAACAGAACCAUGGCUAGGUGAGGACCUUUGGAKGGCAUGCAUUUCCCUCUUUCCUUCUUCCACACUUUUUCCAUCUCCAMCAAUGGAACUUUUAGCAGUGUUGUUCUUAAAGGCUUKWGGAAAACAAGCAGUGGGCCUUUCUYUGCUUAAUUCUGUGUUGACUUAAGGUGAUGCCUCUGUGAGGAGAGGAAAGCCAUAUAGACAGAUGAAAGGGAGGAGGAGCUUCAGUUUUUCUCAUUCCUGCAGCAAGCUCUUCAACUGACCUCUUGGGUUACCCUUUUCAUCUCAACAGAAUAUUUACAUCCUGUGCUUUGAUAGUUAUUUCUGUCAGYCUGUGGACUUUAUUUUAGAUGCCCUGACCUCUAAAAACUACUCGGGACCAUAAAUUCCUCCGUACUGUGCUAUGAGUUCAGUGGGCAGCAAGUUUUACCUGCGAARAAAUUCAUGUUACAAGAAGCAGGCUUAAGUGACCCACAUGUGAUUUACAGUUACCAUCUAGAUGGAAUAUCCUCUGGUUUAGGUGAGUGUAGCCAUGAAUUUAAAUAAGCACUGUUUCAUCUAAGGAUCUUCCCAACCYCUAUAUAUUUAUAUUACCAGGCAUACCAGUCUGACUACUGCCCGGGUACAAGUGGCUAAAAUAAAUCUUGCAGUGAGCUGCAGAAGACGAUGGAGUUUAAUCUCUGGGGAAAGAACUUAGAAGGUUUUGUUUUAAAAGACCUUCUGGGUCUUUCGUGGAUCUCCUUCUCGCUGUGCCCUGGUACUUCUUACAAUAAUUAUUGUGACCUGCCAAGUGUGGCCUUAUGAAAUACAUAUUUUAAUUUUUUUCCCUUUUAUAAUCUGGGAAUAGAUGGUAAACCUACUGUGAAGGACAGGCAUGUAGGAUACAUUCAUUUUUUAAAGACUUGCUUAGUGAUUUCUGAAUAAUCUCUUUACUCACUUGCUACCUCUUUAAGCAUUAAGGUGCUAUAUAACAGAGUAUUAAUUUGCUACCAGUAGCGCAGAUAACUGCAGCUGGAUAUAGUAUUCUCUGUUGCRUAUUGGCGAUGAGUUAAGAUUAUCGUUGCCACAUAAACUGAAGAGAAUAACAAAAUUAACCUGAAAGCUGUCACAGCUCCAGCAGUAGYUGAGCUCUGUCUUAGAGCUCCUCACGUUUUUUUCCCCACACCUCCUAAAUGAUUGUACUUCCUAGUUCCUUUUCACCAUUGUUUAAGAAUUCAGUUUUCCCCACUGUUUCAGGCCAGAGUCUGAUCUGAAUUUCCAUUAUUGUGCAGGCCCUUGCUUAUUCCCUGUCUGCUGUGUACAGACUUACCGACCUGAUUACUKUCAAAUUACUAGGAUUAUCUUGCUUUAGAAACAGCAUUUUGUGAAUAUAGUUGCAUGCAAAAUGAACAAGAUGUUAUAUGUUGUCCUUGCAACAUAGCACAGUUAUUCAUUUCCUCUGCCUUUAUCCCCCACAUAGGUAAUUAUUUUACAACCUUGACCCUGAAGGAUAAAAGACUACUUGCUUGUGUCUUUCUCACCAAACACUGAUGAGCGGGUUUUGUUAAAAACUAAAGGAACUGAUAUAUUCUUAAGUUUGUGUAUAGGAUAUUCCUUGAGCUGAAAAGGUUAAAUAAAUUUGAUUUCAUGGGAGCUACUCAUCUAAGUCCACUAAUGACUUAAUUUUAGGUAUAAMACAGAGCAAAUUAAGGUGACUUGUAAUCUAACAUAUUUGCACCUCCACUAUCUGCCCAGGGUAGGAAGGUAGGUACAAUGUCAUCACUGUAUGAUGACAUUGACAGGCUUUUAGGUAAAAUAAAAUUGCUUUCCCUGUCAGCUGGCUCUGUGUGCACCUACCAAACCUUCCCCCAUUAGUAAUGAAUUGCUUCAAGGAAUCACAGAUUGAGGCUAGAGAGAACACUUAAAACCUUACUCAUAACACUGGU